AUGAUUUCAGCUAUAAAUAAUGGACCCAAGGGUUAUAAGGCUCCAUCUUCUGAAAAAGCAAGAACUACUUUGCUUGAUGAGUGUAAACGAAGUCUAGAAAAAGAAUUAGAUCCUAUUAAAGAUACAUGGUUUACUCACGGUGUUUCAAUUGUAUCAGAUGGAUGGUCUAACGUGAAGCGUGAGCCACUUAUCAACAUUAUUGCUGCAAACAGUAGAGGAGCUAUGUUUCUUUAUGCUCAAGAUUUUUCUGGGAUACCAAAAACUGGUGACGUGAUUGCUGCCUUUAUGCUUACUGCAAUUGAAGAUGUGGGAUCGUCAAAUGUCCUCCAGAUAGUCACUGACAAUGCAGCAAACUGUGAAUAUGCUGGGAGAGAGAUUGAAAAGAUACAUAAACAUAUCUUUUGGUCCCCUUGUGUUGUUCAUACCUUGAAUCUUAUUUUUAAAGAUUUGGCAAAAGAGUUUGAGUGGUUUGAGGAAAUUUAUAAUAUUGGAAAAGCUAUUGUUAAGUUCUUUUUGAACCAUUCACAUGCUUUGGCCACGUUCAGAAGUCAAUCAAAAUUGGAGUUAUUGAAAGUUGCAAAAACUAGAUUUGCAUCGCAUUAUAUCUUAUUGAGGCGACUUAUUGAUUGCAAAGAAGCACUAGCAAGUACGGUAAUUAUUCAAAAAUGGAAAGAUUGGGUGAAGACUUUAGAUGGAGAGAAAAGAAAACUUGGGGAGAAUAUAACACAAGCUGUGUUGGCAGACAAUUUUUGGGACGAUGUGUUGGCUAUAGUGAAUAUCACAAAGCCAAUAUAUUUUUUAAUUAAAUAUUGUGAUGGUGAUGGUCAAAAGAUGGGUGAAGUUUAUGAAAGGAUGGACAAUAUGCUUGGAGAAAUAAGAGAAGCUAUGAGUUCUGGGCCGCUCUCUAAAUAUUUUCCACAAGUCGAAAAGAUUGUGCUCCAAAGGUGGCAAAAAAUGAAUUACCCUAUCCAUUGUGUUGGAUAUGCCCUAACACCAAGAUUUUAUGAUAGAGAAUAUCUUAGUAAAAAAGCACCAGGAGGAUUAAUUCGACAGAGCCCUAAUCAAGGUGUAGAAGUUAUUACAAGCCUCAUGGAAGCAUUUGAUAAGAUAUCAGAAGAUGGAGGAGAAGCAGAGUUAUUAAGUCAACAAUAUGCCAUUUUUCAUCAGCGAAAAGGUAUUUUUGCUUCACAAGCUGCCCAGACAGAUGCUGUAACUAUGGAUGCCAUUGAUUGGUGGUCAACAUAUGGUUCACAAGUUCCAGAAUUAGCAGAAGUUGCACAAAAGUCGGAGAAGUACACCCAGUCCGAAACUGAGAGAUUAGAGUAUGAUUUCUUCGUCCCCAACCAUAACCCUAAAGCUCCGACCAAGGCUCAGUUGGAGAAGUAUGCUCAGUCGGAGAGAGAAGAGGUCCAGUGCAGCGAAUGGGGCGAUAACGAUCACUACAGCACAACGAGCUUGUCUGAAAACGAAGACGACGACAGGGAUUCGAGAUCCGAGAUGGGGACCUGGUCGAAUUUCAACCCGUCGGUUCGGGCCGAGUCGAUUGUGAGCUCGGUGCCGCUAGCCCAGACGAUGUCGAAGUAUGCGCCGAGCAUGAGGUCGGAGGAGUCGAAAGGGAGUACUUAG